CCGCUCUCCGAGGAGGUGCGUCGGCUGGCGGGAGAGCUGGUGCCCGCCCAGCCGAGAUGCCUCGGCAGCGUGUCCACCCGAGGGCUCGUGGGGCAGGGCCUGGCCCCAUGGCGAGGAGGAGGAGCAGGAGCAGCUGCCGCUGGGAUUGGGGGCCGCCGGCGCCGCCCGCCUGGCCGGAGGGAGGAGGCGGCAGGAGGAGGAGCAGCAGCCGUGUGGGCCGCAGCGAGCGAGCUGGGCUCGGUACGGCUGCCCCUGAAGAUGGCGGCGGCGGAGGCAGCAGCUGCUCCGGGCGGAGGGGGCAGCUCGCCGGCGGGCGGCGGCUCGGUGCCCGUCCUCUUCUGCUUCUCUGUCUUCGCGCGGCCCUCCAGUGUGCCCCACGGCGCCGGGUACGAGCUGCUGAUUCAAAAGUUCCUCAGCCUCUACGGGGACCAGAUAGACAUGCACCGCAAGUUCGUGGUGCAGCUGUUCGCCGAGGAGUGGAGCCAGUACAUCGACCUCCCCAAGGGCUUUCUCGUCAGCGAGCGCUGCAAAGUGCGCCUGGUGCCGCUGCAGAUACAGAUGACUACUUUGGGGAACCUGACACCAUCAAGCACUGUGUUUUUCUGUUGUGAUAUGCAAGAGCGAUUCCGCCCUGCCAUCAAAUACUUUGGUGAUAUCAUCAGCGUGGGCCAAAGACUGCUCCAAGGUGCACGCCUCUUAGGAAUUCCAGUCAUUGUAACUGAACAGUAUCCCAAAGGUCUUGGGAGCACUGUGCAGGAAAUUGAUUUAACAGGAGCUAAACUUGUGCUUCCUAAAACAAAAUUUUCAAUGGUAUUGCCAGAAGUGGAGGCAGCAUUAGCUGAGAUCCCUGGAGUCCGUAGCAUUGUCCUGUUUGGAGUAGAAACUCAUGUCUGCAUCCAGCAAACAGCAUUAGAAUUAAUUGGCAGGGGUCUGGAAGUUCAUAUUGUAGCCGAUGCAACCUCAUCAAGAAGCAUGAUGGACAGAAUGUUUGCACUUGAGCGUCUUGCUCGUACUGGAAUUAUAGUUACUACUAGCGAGGCUGUAUUGCUGCAGCUGGUAGCUGAUAAAGAGCAUCCAAAAUUCAAAGAAAUCCAAAAUCUCAUUAAGGCAAGUGCCCCUGAGUCAGGACUUCUUUCCAAAGUUUAAAGAGGAUGUAGAACUCAUUGUCAUCUGUAGGGAGGAAGGAAAGCUUUAAGUGCUCAUAUACACCUGCUUUAACUCAAAGCUUUGGUAGAAGUGUAAAAUUAAAAGUUGACAUACUCGUGCUUGCCUUAGCAAAAUUUUCUGAUUAUAUACCUGGGUACCAGUAUGUUUUGUUUAGUUACAGCUGUCAAGAGGCAUUGAGUGCUGUAGAACCCUUUUGUUGUCAAAUUCUCUUAUUUAUUUUAAAAAACAAAAAUUAACAGAGGUGCCUGCUAGCCUAUACUAUACACUGAUUGUAACAGCUCCAAAAAGUGCGUAAUUCUGUGACACCUCUUGAUUGUACGCUUUAUAAAAGCGUUACAUGGUAUUCUGUUCUACCUUUGUAUUAAUAGAAGAUAAAUACAUAUCGUAGGAUUGUGAUGUGAAACACUUCAAUCUUCUAUGUAAAUGAUUUUAAUAGGGCAUAAGUCCAAUUAAAACCCAGUAAGAUAUUUGGUCUACAUGUGUGCUUUUGUUCUGUAGGAUAAAACAUGAGUGCUUUGCUUCAUAGGAAAGCACCAGUUGAUGUUUGGUUGCUCUAGGUAGCUGAAGCCUGCAGAAUGACUUUCAAUUAUUUUGAAACUGACUGUCCAAACCUGUACUUCUCUCAGGUCUUCACAAACAGAAAAACUGUUGUUCAAUGAAUUGCUUAUAAACAACUGGUGUAGCAAAAGGUUACUGAAGCUUCAAAUAAAUAGGCAGUCCUAAGGAUUUAAAGAACAAAAGCUUUUCAGUUGUUUACUGCUAUGUCUAGAUUUAUUUGGAGUGGCAGUUUUGCCCUGUUUUAGUUAGAUUGAAUAAUGUUGUCUGAUUUACUUGUCUGGCCAGGUGAGCUCUGAAAGAAAUCACAGCUUCCCUAGGUUUUUGUGCUGUUUUGUGAUCUGCAGCUGUGUGGAAUUUUCAUGGAUUUUGGCCUACAAGCUUUCUUCAGAAAAAUAACAUCUUUAACUUAGUGACAUGUGUAUUUCUGUUUAGAACCAAUCUUUUAACUGCUCAUAAAGGCCCUUUCUUCAUGUUCUAGUGGUUUAAACAGUGUUGUAUAAAGUUUACAGUGUAACCAAAACAUUUAUUUUUUUAAAAGAGUACUAGAAGAAGAUACCAUGCUAAGCACUUAUCUUUUGGGUAGGAAAACAAUUACAGUAUGUGUAUUGUAUUCAAUUGCUUAUUUUCUCAACAAGAUGGCUCUAAAAGAAUUGUGUCAGAGACUUAUAACCGUUAUUUGAUCAAAACAAAUAAAAUAUUAACAUUCUCUA